AAGAUGCAUUUGUAUUGCUACACAGCUUAUGUCGCAUUUCAUUUGAAGCCUCUUGAGGAUAAAAUAAACUUGAGCCAUUCCUUGAAGCUGGAGAUCCUAUGAAGCUGGUGGAACAGUUCUCUUCACAGAAAUUGUUUAGGCCUUUUGAACUGUGGCCAAUCUGUGAUUUGUUGGGAGUCUAAAUUAGCAUUAUUUAUCAUGGGUGAUAAACGAAGAGGGAGUAAUAUAGCCAUCCUGCACAAGAAACGUGAACUGAAUGAUCAGUUCAGCCAGAGGUUCAAGAGAGCAAUGCAUGUGACCAGGAAGUGGAUAUCACAGUUAGAUCUGGAGAAGGAAUUGGAUGGACACAGUGGAUGUGUCAAUUGCCUAGAAUGGAAUGACUCGGGGAAUCUUCUGCUUUCUGGAUCUGAUGAUCAGCAUAUUGUCCUGUGGUAUCCCUUCAAGUAUAAGAAGCUUCUCACACUACCAUCAGGACACCAUGGGAAUAUUUUCUCAGUCAAGUUCCUGCCUCGUUCAGGGGACCAAACAAUAGUGACAGGAGCUGGAGAUUGUCGUAUUCAUGUCCAUGACCUUGGAACUCAGGAGCUGACCCAGUCUUGUUCAUGUCACACAGCACGUGUGAAGCGCCUUGCUGUCUCUCCUGAUUCCCCAUAUCUCUUUUGGAGUGCUGCAGAAGAUGGUCUAAUCUUGCAGUUUGACUUGAGGAUACCACAUCACUGCAGCAAUGAAUGUGACAAUGUCCUUGUGAACCUAACCAAUCACUUGGGUCGAUCAGCUGAAGCUAAAUGUCUAGCCAUCAAUCCACUACGCCCUGAGAUGCUGGCUGUUGGGGCAAAUGACCCUUAUGUACGGCUGUAUGAUCGACGAAUGAUCUCCCCAUCCUCAUACAGAAUCCCAUCUCUGAGUCCAGGCCGAAGCAAUUGGGAGCGCCACAAUCUUCUUUCUAGUCAGCCUGAUGCCUGCGGGCUCUGUGAUAAUCUUCCUUUGACUGGAUGCGUCCAGUAUUUUGUGGCAGGACACUUGCCUAGAAAGAUAGCAGACUAUGAGAAACGCCACCGGUCCCUGGCAUCCACAUAUGUCACAUUCAGCCCUGAUGGGGGAGAUCUCCUUGUGAACCUGGGUGGAGAACAGAUCUACCUGUUCAACCUGUAUGAUCGACAGCGACCUUCAUUUGUUGAAUUCCCGCCUGCAUUCCUGUCGGCCCAUCAGAAUGGCAUGUGCAAAGUAGAAGUUGGGAGCUCAAAUGGAUAUCGGAAUGGGACAACAGCCAAUGGGUUUUCCCGCUCUCAUCCUCCCUUCUCUACAAUGAGUCCACUCCUGUUGGAUGUUGAGGAGUUGAAGGAGAAAGCAAACAGUUUGUUUGAGAAACAGCUUUAUUCAAGAGCAAUAUCCAUGUACAAUGAAGCCAUCACUCUGUCUCCAUCUCCCAUCCUUUACGGAAACCGAGCAGCUGCACUGAUGAAGCGAAAUUGGGAUGGGGAUGUGUAUGCUGCCCUCAAGGACUGCCUUAAAGCUCUACAGCUAGAUUCUGGACACUUUAAGGCUCUCUUCAGGUUAGCCCGCUGCCUUCAUGAGAUGGACCUGGCACAUGAGGCAUCUCAAUGCCUUCAGGUUUUCAAGACCAAGUUUCCUGAACAAGCAUCAUCAAGCACUUUCCUUGCCCUUGACAAAGACAUUUCAUUUUCCAUCCAGUCCGCCUCAUCAUCCUCAUCUGUCUCACAUCAAGAUGACUCUGAGGGGGAAGAUUGGCUGGAGCAAGAGAAAGAAGGAGGACGGAAGACUCCAGUGGUUUUUGGUGGGAUUUCAGAUGAGGAACGCAGAUGGCGACAAGAGGCUUGGGAUUACACAUCCCGAUUUUGUGGCCAUUGUAAUACCACCACUGACAUCAAAGAAGCCAACUUCUUUGGCAGCAAGGGAGAAUACAUAGUGGCUGGUAGUGAUGAGGGUUCCUUCUUUGUUUGGGACCGAGAGACAGGCAACAUUGUCCAGGUCCUGCGCGGUGAUGAAAGUAUUGUCAAUGUCAUUCAGCCUCAUCCUUCCCUCUGUCUCCUGGCAACAUCUGGGAUUGAACAUGUCAUACGCCUCUGGUCCCCUCGCCCUGAUGAAGAGAAGGGGAGUGAACACCAGGUGAAGGACCUUGAUGGAGUUGCAAGUGCAAACCAAAAGCGCAUGAAUACAGACCCACUUGAAGUAAUGCUUCUCAACAUGGGUCAUCACUUCCGUUCCAUGAGGAGCCUGGAGGAGGUUGGUGAGGACCUCAUUCAGAAUGCCAACAUUGGAGAUACUAACAUUCACACCACGUGCCGUACCAGCUGAGAACAUGUGAUUUGUUUACUUUUAUUUCAUCAACCCACCUCCAUAUUUUUUUUCAGCUUGUCAGUCCCAGAUAUUCUUAAAAUUUCUCUGGAAUCCCUUUCUUUCCAUAAAGUGCUUCCCUAAUUGCAAAAAAAAUCUGGAAACAUUUUCUUACUCUUUCCUUACCUUGCUCAUUAUCAAGUUUCUCCCUUUGUUUGCUUGGUCAAUGGGUCUUUAUUUAUUUAUUGCCAUUCAUGCCUGUAUGUGUUUCAUCACAGUCAUCCCAUUUGCAUGAUAAUCUUGGAGUUGCAUACCCGGUGUCAAUGGUUCAUCACUCUUCAUCUCUUGUUUUUCUUCUUAUUUUCAUAUUCAUGGCAUGAUGCAAAAAAGACAAAAGAAAAGUAUGAGUUUUGUCUUUUGAAGAAUUUCUCAAAGUUCCAUUGAUCAUGUGUACAGAGACAUUAAGAGAAAAAAAAAAAGAAAUAUAGGUAUACAGUGGCAUGAAUAGGCUAUUUGCUGCUGGAAAGAUGAAUAAUCGAGCAGAAUAGAGAUUUGGAUUUUUCCUGUU